GCUAAAUCAUUAGUUUAUCGCUACAAGUGUAAACCAUCGUGAAAAUGGCACCGAAAACUACUGAAAAAUCUGCGAAGAAGUCUGGCAAGGCACAGAAAAGCAUCGUAAAGGGAGAUAAGAAACAAAGGAAGCAACGCCGCAAGGAAAGCUACGCCAUCUACAUUUACAAGGUGCUGAAACAGGUCCACCCGGACACCGGAGUUUCAUCGAAGGCCAUGAGUAUCAUGAACAGCUUCGUCAACGACAUCUUCGAGCGGAUCGCUUCUGAGGCCUCACGUUUGGCUCAAUACAACAAGCGUUCGACGAUAACCUCUCGUGAAAUUCAGACCGCUGUCCGUCUGUUGUUGCCGGGUGAAUUGGCCAAACACGCCGUUUCGGAAGGUACCAAGGCCGUCACCAAGUACACGAGCUCUAAGUAAAUUCGUUCUCGAAUAUCGAACAAUCUCUGACACAAAACAAACGGCCCUUUUCAGG